AAGAAAACGCAGAAAUUACACUGGAUGUGUCCUUAGCGUACCGCGAUGACAUGUUUGAUGACUGGGAGGAAAUAGCACAUGCAGUGGAGCUCAGGAAGCUGAAAUGCACCUUCGGCUCACCAAAAACUCUGGACUCGGAAGGCCGCCACUACGACUGUGACUUCCUCCCGUUCAUGGAGAUUGGAAGCGUGGCUCACAAGUACUACCUCAUCAACAUCCGCCUGCCCGUGAACGAGAGGAAAGGCAUUAACGUGGGCAUUGGGGAAAUAAAGGAUAUUCGCCUUGUGGGUAUCCAUCAAAAUGGAGGCUUUACAAAAGUGUGGUUUGCCAUGAAAACUUUCCUCACCCCCAGCAUCUUAAUUAUCAUGGUGUGGUAUUGGCGGCGGAUCACGCUGAUGACACGGGCUCCCGUCCUGCUGGAGAAGGUCAUCUUUGCUCUGGGAAUUUCCAUGACGUUCAUCAACAUCCCAGUGGAGUGGUUCUCCAUUGGAUUUGACUGGACCUGGAUGUUACUGUUUGGAGACAUCCGACAAGGCAUUUUCUAUGCCAUGCUCCUGUCGUUUUGGAUCAUCUUCUGCGGAGAGCACAUGAUGGAUCAGAACGAGCGGAAUCGCCUCUCUGGGUACUGGAAGCAGGUUGGGCCCAUCGCUGUUGGCUCCUUCUGCCUCUUCAUCUUCGACAUGUGUGAGAGGGGAGUGCAACUGAAAAACCCCUUCUACAGCAUCUGGACCACUGAAGUGGGCACGGAGCUGGCUAUGGCCUUUAUUAUAGUUGCAGGCAUUUGCCUGUGUCUGUAUUUUCUGUUCCUGUGUUUUAUGGUCUUCCAAGUGUUCAGGAACAUCAGCGGAAAGCAGUCCAGCCUGCCGGCAAUGAGCAAGGCUCGCCGUCUGCAUUACGAGGGGUUGAUUUUUAGGUUCAAGUUCUUGAUGCUCAUUACUCUGGCCUGUGCAGCCAUGACGGUCAUCUUCUUCAUCGUGAGUCAGGUCACCGAAGGCCACUGGAAGUGGGGGGACAUCACGAUACAGGUGAACAGCGCCUUCUUCACGGGCAUCUACGGGAUGUGGAACCUGUACGUGUUCGCGCUGAUGUUCCUGUACGCGCCCUCGCACAAGAACUACGGGGAAGAUCAGUCCAAUGGUGACCUGGCCGUGAGCAGCGGCGAGGAGCUGCAGCUCACCACCACCAUCACGCACGUGGACGGGCCCACCGAGGUCUACAAGCUGGCUCGCAAGGAGGCGCAGGAGUAGCGCGGAGCACCGCGGCCGGACGCGCGGCGGAGACGCAGGACGGCACGGAGCCUCCUCGAGGAGACGUGUCCGAAGCCACUUGCUUUAUGAGCGCCCGGGAUCUAGUGUGUUUUCACAGAGCGGUGACACCGGGCAGAACAUUUGUAAACUCUUUAAUAUGGUGUAGUUAUUUCUGGGGGGAGGGAUACCUGUAUUGUGUUACACUCAAGCGCAUAAAGAUCUGCUAGAAAAGCAUUAAGGUUGCAAAGUCGCACAUUCAGAAGGUAGGAAGCAGCAGAGCUGACAUGGGGUAGUUUUUAUUUGGCUGCCUUGUGCCUGUGCAUGCAGUGCAAGCAGUGCAUGGAGCUCAGUUCUUGAGCGAGGAUUCAAUAUUUUGAGGUUUUUUCAGGUGUG